CAAAUCAGUCAUACUAACAUUGCAUUUGUUAGCGCUUAAACAAACAUUACAAAAAAUCAAAAUGAAAACCUCAAACAUAUUCGUAAUCUGCGUGAUUUUUUCUACUUUAAUUUUGAACGCAUACAGCGCGCCGUUGUCAGAUUUGGAGGACGAAGAAUACCGUUUAGAUCACGUUGGCCGCGUCAAGAGAGUCACAUGCGAUGUUUUAAGUGGCAGCAUUUCCAUUCUUGGUAGCGGGGGACAACUCAACCAUACCGCAUGUGCUCUUCACUGCCUCACCAAGGGCAAAAAAGGUGGACAUUGCAAUUCUAAUGCCGUCUGUCGCUUAAACAAACAUUACAAAAAAAUCAAAAUGAAAACCUCAAACAAUUUCGUAAUCUGCGUGAUUUUUUCUACUUUAAUUUUGAACGCAUACAGCGCGCCGUUGUCAGAUUUGGAGGACGAAGAAUACCGUUUAGAUCACGUUGGCCGCGUCAAGAGAGUCACAUGCGAUGUUUUAAGUGGCAGCAUUUCCAUUCUUGGUAGCGGUGGACAACUCAACCAUACCGCAUGUGCUCUUCACUGCCUCACCAAGGGCAAAAAAGGUGGACAUUGCGAUUCAAAUGCCGUCUGUGUAUGCAGAAAUUGAUGUCAAUGUUUACUGUGAUAUCUUUUAAUAAAAUGUAUUUAUUAUAAUUAUGUAAGACUUUGCAACUUUAAAAAAGGUGUUAUAAGUAAAAAAAAAAAACGU